UACAAACUUUUCGAUUUAAUUAUUACAGAUCCAAAAGGAAGACAUGGUUGGACGAAAAUCUGCCACCGACACUUUCAUUCCUCACACGGACAAGCGCGCCCACAUUGCACGUGUGCAUGUGGUACCGGACGUGCCACCAGUGAACGGCCUCCUCAGACAUUCCCGUAUAUUCCGUGUGUCAAUGCCGUACGGUCACAUAGAGAACCAACCUGGUCGAGAGGAGGGACUAAUGUACAUGCACAUGUGUAACACCACGGAGGUUUUUAAGACGAUACUGAAGAACAUCGCUGGAAGUGACAAAGAGUCUAAGCUAGGUGAGGUAACCCCCGAUACCUUGAUCAGUGCUGUGCAACCUCUCCAGGGAACCUACUGGUAUGUGCCCAGUGCUGAGGAAUUGAAGUUACCCACCCUCAAGGAACGAAGGUUUGAAAUCAUAGAUUUUUGGAAUGUGAGAAGUCCUACAAACGACUACUUGUUUUACAAUCAGAAGGAAUAUCUCCACCGUAUGACAACUGGUGGUUAUAGCCCAGGGGAUCCGCCCAGUGACAGAGUACUCCGCCUGUUGGACUACGCCUUCCAACAGUGGAAUGACCAAUGGUUCAAACGGCGAGAGAUGCCCAAAUUUCCUCAUCUCCUCGAAUUCGUAUCGGACGCAGAAACGAGCCGUUUACUACAGAAUGCUUCCAUCAUGAUCCGGAAGGGAUGGGCAGUGAAAGUUUCCCUGGGAGGAUUGUUCACCACAAAUAAAACCGCCGAGCUGGAAAAUCCAACCUUCUUUGGCAGAAAAGCUGACACAUUCAACCUUCAUCCUGAUGAGCUCAUUGUGGGAAGGAUGCCGCCGUGCUUCUCCCUUGGGCUUGGAAAGGCCGUAAUGCCUUACCUCCGGGAAAACGAAACGAUGCCAGCUUUCUUCAAGGGACUGAGUGAAGCUGCAGGAAUGGGACACGUGAUACCAGAUUUUGAAACGCUACUGCAGAAGGGUCUCGGCAAAAUGAUUGAAGAAAUGAACGCCAACAUGGGCGAAACCGAAAAGCAGAAAGAAUUUGUCCGUUCCUGUAUUCUCGCUUUGGAAGGAGUUCAGAAGUACAUCAAGAACUUCGGUUACCUGGCAGAAUACUUUGCUCACAACAGCGACUUUGCUUUAUCUGAAGCCCAACGAUCACACUUGAAGAAGAUUAAAGAUAGAAUGAACAAGAUCUCUACCGACCGACCAGAAACCUUCAUUGAGGCUGUUCAACUGCUGUUCUCCUUCCACUGCUGCCUGCACCUGUCGGGGGAACCCACAUCUAUCGGACGACUUGAUCAGCUCCUGGAACCUUUUUUCCAGGGACCCCCUACUGAGGAGGCCCAGGAGAUUAUCGACUGUCUCUUUGUCAAGCUGUGUGAACACGUGCAUCUCAACUCACGGCUUUUGAAUGAUCUGGGUGCUUGGGGAAUGACCGCUGUACCAUAUGCCAGCACGGGAAUGUUUCCCAAUGGCGAUACUAUCAACCAGUGGGUUCAGCAGAUCACUGUGGGAGGUUACAAGGCCAACGAUGCAGAGGUUCCACAAGAUGCCUGCAACGCCAUCACGAAAAUGUGCUUAAAGGCCUCACGCAGGCUUCCCCUUAGUGCUCCAUGUUUGUCCCUGCGAAUGCAUAAGAAUAUGCCGCAAGAGGUUCUUCAAGAGGCCGCUAAGGCUCUUCUCAGCGGAGGGGCCCAUCCCGUCCUUCCUCACGACGACCACUUGAUACAGGGCCUUGUUGAAGCGGGAACAUCAGACGUGCCAGUGAGCCUAAAAACCGCGCGAAACUACGCCUGUGACGGUUGCUAUGAACCAAUCAUUCCCGGCGAGACAGACUUCUCAUUAGCUUACGUGCCUCUGUUGCAAGUGCUUGAGAUGUCAAUCAACCAUGGGUCUACAUAUUCACUCGCUGGGCCUGGAUUCUUGGAGGGGGUACCUCAGUCUCUGCCUACAGCUCAUCCUGAGGAAAUCGUCAGCUUUGAACAGCUCAAAGAGCUUUUUGCUCUUCAUCUUCGUGUGCGGACAGAAUAUUCCAUUUUCCUUCUACUCCUCAACUAUGGCAACAUCGUCGAGUUUUGUCCCAGUCCUCUGCUCUCUUCCCUCAUUCGUGGCUGCCUGGAAACCAAACGGGAUAUUUACGACGGCGGCGCUAACUACACUUUGAUUGGUAUCCAGUUCAUAUCCUUCGCCAACACCGUCGACGCUCUGUACGCCAUUAAGCGGCUUUGUUUUGAUCAUGACUCGGCUGUUAUUUCCUUGGCCGAGCUUGUCCGCUGUCUCAAGUGUGACUGGGGAUACAACAUGCAAGAGCCCUUCCACGAUGCGGUCGCGGGAACCACGCGUGGUCAGCGGCUGUCUGACACGUACAAGGAAGUACGUGAGAGGGCGCUGAGCCUACCGAAGUUUGGAACCAGCGCAGGUGCAGAAAACGAAGACGUUCAAAACAUUACCAGUUGGUUAGCUGAGCAAGUUUCAACGGUCACCAAAAAAGUGGCCCGCGAUGCUCCAGAUGGACAACCGCUGAAAGGACUGAUUGACGGCUUGAAGAAAAAGUAUUCUGUUCCCGGAGCACCAUGGGAUGUAAUGCUGCCUACAGGAUCCGGGACAUUUGAAGGAUACGUUGGUUGGGGAGGAGGAUGUGCGGCAUCUGCUGAUGGUCGACGCUCUGGGUCGCCGAUUGCUUCAGACUUGAGCGCUGCUCCAACUUCAUUGGAUAAACCUGCCAUACCGAAGAGCUUCGAUAUCUACAAGUCGCUUAAAAGCUGGAAUAUGAAGUCCAUAAACGUUGGUUUUGCUAACGGUGCGGAGAUUGAUCUGAAAAUUGACGAAACUUUCCAAGAAGACGACUUGGUAAAAUUCCUGCAAAAUUAUGCUGAACAAAAGGAGGGCAUUGGAGGAAAUAUCUUGACACUCACCUGCGCCAACCCAGACACCUUCGCUAAAGCUCAGCGGAAUCCAGAGCAGUAUGAUCUCAUCCGAGUACGCACAGGGGGCUGGAGCGAGUUUUACAUUGCUUUCUUCACCGCCCAUCAGAAACACCAGGAGAGGAGAAUGUACUACCACACUACAUGAAGUACAAAACGUUUACCUCUUAGGGCCAUGAAGGAAAACAAAACUACCGUCAACACAUUACUUACGAUAGCACUUCGGAAGUUUUUAAAUAAUUUUUUUAACUCUAGGAAUAGGUGUGCAUGCAUACAGUCUCUUCCGAACAAGUUACUGCUUUUUUUUAAAGGAUAAAAUAAAAUAAACGCGUACAGUUAGUAAUGACUUACUAAUUUCACGAAUUUUGAAAUUUUUGUAAUCUCUUAAGGUAUGGCAGUUUUAAAACUAAAGCAAUGAUUGCACUCUAAUUGUUAAGUGAUUACCACACACAUUAAUUAACACACACUUAGAAUACGUACAAAUAACGCUGCUUACACCACUUAUAUACUUACAAUGAUAAUAUGGCUACUUAAAUGAAAUACUUUCAAUACUAAGAGAGCAUGCAGUUUUCAAUUGAGAGUCGAAAGUAAUCAGGCAAUUCUCUAUAUAUCUUUAAAUUACUUUGGUUUUGAUUUUACUACGGUUUGAAAUUAGCUGAGUAGUCUAAUUGGUAAGUAAUUGGUUGGGUUUUGGUUUUACGGCACAGUCAAUUGAAAGCCGCUCUAUAACUACUUUAACUACUUACAGUACUACUUACAGACACUACUUGAUAACGCUACUUACGAUGCUGAUAAUAUUCAUCUACUUACACUACUUACAAUACUUAUAUGGCUACUAACUAUACUUGCAAUACUCACACGACUAAUUUUUCCCCUUCCCUCCAUUUCUUGUUUAGUUUAGCAACUUAAACUGCAAGUUGGGCAGUAAUUAGUAUGUAGUUAACCUUGUCAACUUAUGCAAGUUCACUUCUGUUCAACGAUAGUCUUUUUUGAAGACUUAAAAAGCAAAAACUGAGACCUCUUUCUGUCAGGUGUAAAUUAUUACUCCUGAUUUUGAUUUCGUUGAUUUCAUUAAAACUCAAGCCACAUUGUGGCUAAGUAAUUCAUUCUAAUUUUCAUUGUAAUUUUCAAAUUUAGAUAUUUAGCAUUUUUCUCAUUUUGUCUUUUUAAUACCCGACUUAAUAAGCUGCAAACUAUCAAACCCUUUGGUAGUCUAUAAAAGUAAAAGUUAACUACAAAUUGUAGAUGUUUUUUAAAUUAGAGUCAUAGUUUAAGUGGUUAGAAAAUGUACCUUUUGACUGAAUAAAUCAUACAAUCGC